AGCCCCGCUCCGCUCGUGGAGAUGCCCCGGCGGCCCGGAGCGCGGGCAACGGCCACCGCGUGCUGAGGCUGCGGGACGGACGGACGUGCGACUGCCAGGAACUGCUGCUGCCUCCACCUCCGACCCCCAUGGCCUACAUCCCUGGUGGGGGUGCCCCGGUUGCGGGGCCCACACUCAUGGGCUCCCAGUACUGCGUGUGCAAGGUGGAGCUGUCAGUGAGCGGCCAGAACCUGCUGGACCGUGACGUCACCUCGAAGUCUGACCCCUUCUGUGUCCUCUUCAUAGAGAACAACGGCAGGUGGAUGGAGUAUGACAGGACUGAAACGGCCAUCAACAACCUCAAUCCUGCCUUCUCCAAGAAGUUCGUCCUGGACUACCACUUCGAGGAGGUGCAGAAGCUCAAGUUUGCCCUGUUUGACCAGGACAAGUCCAGUGCACAGCUUGAUGAACAUGACUUCCUGGGCCAGUUCUCAUGUAGUCUGGGCACGAUUGUCUCCAGCAAAAAGAUCACCCGGCCUCUGCUGCUGAUGAAUGACAAGCCUGCCGGCAAGGGCCUGAUUACGAUUGCUGCCCAGGAGCUGUCAGACAACCGCGUCAUCACACUGAGCCUGGCGGGCAGGAAGCUGGACAAGAAGGACCUCUUUGGGAAGUCAGACCCAUUUCUUGAGUUUUACAAGCCGGGGGUCGAUGGCAAGUGGAUGUUGGUCCAUAGGACUGAGGUGAUCAAGUACACCCUGGACCCUGUGUGGAAACCAUUCACUGUGCCACUGGUGUCCCUGUGUGAUGGGGACCUGGCAAAGCCCAUCCAGGUCGCGUGUUACGACUAUGACAAUGACGGGGGCCAUGACUUCAUUGGCGAGUGCCAGACCUCGGUGUCGCAGAUGUGUGAGGCUGGCGAUGGCGUCCCGCUGGAGAUGGAGUGUAUCAACCCCAAGAAGCAGAGGAGGAAGAAGAGCUACAAGAAUUCGGGCAUCAUCAUCGUACGCUCCUGCAAGAUACAGCGAGACUACUCGUUUUUGGACUACAUCCUAGGAGGCUGCCAGCUCAUGUUUACCGUUGGAAUAGACUUCACAGCCUCCAACGGCAAUCCCCUUGACCCUUCUUCUCUGCACUAUAUCAACCCCAUGGGCACCAACGAAUACCUGUCAGCCAUCUGGGCAGUGGGACAGAUCAUUCAGGACUAUGACAGUGAUAAGAUGUUUCCUGCUCUGGGGUUUGGGGCCCAGCUACCGCCAGACUGGAAGGUGUCCCAUGAGUUUGCCAUCAACUUCAAUCCCACCAAUCCCUUCUGCUCAGGUGUCGAUGGCAUUGCCCAGGCAUACUCAGCUUGCCUGCCCCAUAUCCGCUUCUAUGGUCCCACCAAUUUCUCCCCCAUUGUCAACCACGUGGCCAGGUUUGCAGCCCAGGCCACACAGCAGCGCACAGCUACGCAGUACUUCAUCCUCCUCAUCAUCACGGACGGGGUCAUCAGUGACAUGGAGGAAACACGACAUGCUGUGGUGCAGGCUUCCAAGCUGCCCAUGUCCAUUAUCAUUGUGGGCGUGGGCAAUGCUGACUUUGCAGCCAUGGAGUUCUUGGACGGGGAUAGCCGCAGGCUGCGCUCACACACAGGCGAGGAAGCAGCUCGUGACAUCGUGCAGUUCGUGCCCUUCCGAGAGUUCCGCAACGCGGCAAAAGAGACUCUGGCCAAAGCCGUGCUGGCAGAGCUGCCCCAACAAGUUGUGCAGUAUUUCAAGCAUAAAAACCUGCCCCCCACCAACUCGGAGCCUGCCUGAUUGGCGCCCAGCAGCAGCAUGCCGGCUGAGCCCCCAGCCUCCCCAGGAACGUGCAUGCUCACCCUCCUUCUUUGUGGGUGGCCUUUUUUUACCAGUCCACAUUUUUAUUUUUUACAACCGGACCUCCACCCCCAACUUCCCCCAGCCCAGCUGGGCUUCCUUUGUCGGAGUCAACUAAAUGAUGCUUCCAGGCCAAACUGGCUUCCUCUCCAUCAACCCCCACCCCCACCCCGUCUCAUCCCCACUCAAGUAUUGAAUGUACUUUGUAUAAUUUUAGUGGAAUUAUUAUUAAAGAGAAUAAAAUUUUUACAAUCAUAA